AUGGAUCUGGCAACCACAAGUCGAGUCUACCAAGCUGCUAUUGCUGCAGCCCGGUCUGCGGAUCAGAGACUCGAGAGCCGGACGCGUAGCGACUGCAGCAGCACUCUUCGACGAUUUUCAGCGUUCUGCAAAAGUGAAGGCUACCCAGACCCACUGAAGGAACGAUUUGUGGAGCUUCCCGGUGUGGUGGCCGCGUACAUCAACUUACUCGCCGCCUCCAACUCAACUCAAUGGCCCGCUGAAAAGCUUCGCGCUGCGCUUAGCUGGCACUACACGAAACCUGAGAUGCUAGCCGGUGGCCACCCACACGAUCGUUGGGUUGCUGAGACUUCUUUGGACGGCACCCCAGCACCGCGAGGCAGCCCAGCACGGUCAGCAGCCAUCACGCAGAUUCUCGCCGGUCUCAGCAAGUCCAAGAAGUGCGGGCGGACUCCAAAGCAUGCGUCCCCGAUGUCCCUGUUGAUGCUGACGAAGGUCAUUACAUUCUUGGAGUCGAGUUCGAUGUUCAAUGAAACCAUGCGGCUGUGGUUUUCAGCGGUUUGUUCUCUCAGCUUCUAUGGUAUAUGCCGUAUCAACGAAGUCUUGCUCAUGAGAAGGACGACAUUCAGCUUGGUCUCAAACGAAAACGCGCGUGGAUAA